AUUUUCAAUACAUGACGUUAUUGUACAAUAGUUUUGCUAUAAAUACACAACAAAAUACUCCCUUACUUCUCUCUUACUUUCUUCAAAUACGCGCUUUUUGCACUAAAAAAAGACUUUUAAAUAAUUAUCUCGUUUUCUAUUUGACUUAUUUUAUAAGUAAUUAUUUCUGUAAAAAUGCCACCAAAAAAAGAUACGACAAAAGAUACAAGAGCUAGUAAGAGUAAGGAAAUCAGCGAAACUAAUGAAGCCAAUGAAACGAGCGAGACGAACGAAACGACAAAAAGAGCGCCAACUGCUUACAAUCGGUUUAUGAAAACUGAACUCCCUAAGGUUAAGGCCGAAAAUCCUGGUAUGAAUCACAAGGAAGCGUUUAAGUUGGCUGCCAAUAAUUGGAAAGAUAGCCCGGACAAUCCAAAGAAUAAAACCGGUUAAGGACAUCUCUGCAUUGUUACUAAAUUCGAUUAUCGGAUAUAAUUUGUAGUAAGAGCAUAGCAUAUUACUUUAUUGAUAGCUUUUAUUUACAUAUGCAUAUAGUACAUUUUAUUUGUAAAUGAAAUGAAAUAAAUAAAUUUUACAUAAAUUGUUGUUUCAACAUAAUGAAAUUGA